AUGCGCUUCUCGCAAUCAAUGUCAAGGUGGACAGCCUUGGCCGUUACACUGCUAUCUUACGUUAACUUUGUCAACGCACACACCGUCAUCGUCUACCCUGGUUAUCGGGGGAAUAAUCUUCAUACUAAUGGCACUGUUGAGGAAUCAAAUGGUCUUGGGUCAGCAACGAUCAACGGUUCAACCAUCUAUCCGUACGGAAUGGAAUGGAUGUAUCCUUGCGGAGGAAUGCCCACCUCAACUAAUCGCACCAAAUGGCCUGUCAAUGGCGGAGCCAUCUCUGUUCAGCCUGGUUGGUUUCAAGGCCAUGCAACAGCCUUCUUCUACUUCAACCUCGGACUUGGUGCUGUUCCACCAAACAUGAGCAACCCCAUGCUGUCCCCGAUUGAGAUCAUCGGACCCUCUGCCGAACCGUACCCGGGUACAUUCUGUCUACCUCAAGUGCCAUUGCCGGCCGGUCUGACGGUGAAGGUCGGUGAUCUGGCAACGAUCCAAGUUAUUGAGACCGCGAAGCAUGGUGCAGCUCUGUACAACUGUGUCGACAUCGAAUUUGCUGAGCCAGAGGACUGCGUUGAAGUUACAACAGAAAACUGCUUUAACUCGUCUGACAUCGCGUUUGCAGACAUCUACGAGAUCAACAUCACGACUUCUAACUCUUCUGCAAGCGCGGGCAUUUCGCCAGGCUUCGCUCCAAUUAGCUUUGUCACAUUCUUUACCAUGAUUUUGUCGGGGCUAGUGUUUUAA